AUGCCAAAGCUAGUUCUAGUCAGACACGGUCAAUCAGAAUGGAAUGAAUUGAACUUGUUCACUGGUUGGGUGGACGUCACUUUGUCUGCCAAGGGUGAACAAGAAGCUGCUAGAGCCGGUGAAUUGUUGAAGGAACACAAUGUUAAGCCAGACAUCUUGUUUACCUCUAUGUUGACUAGAGCAAUCCAAACUGCCAACAUUGCUUUGUUGAAGGCUGAAAGAAGCUGGAUUCCUGUGCAAAGAUCUUGGAGAUUGAAUGAAAGACAUUACGGUGACUUGCAAGGUAAGGACAAGGCUGAAACCUUGGCUAAGUUCGGUGAAGAAAAGUUCAACACCUACAGAAGAUCAUUCGAUGUCCCACCUCCAGUCAUUGCUGAGGACUCUAAGUACUCUCAAAAGGGUGACGAAAGAUACGCUGACGUUGAUCCAAAUGUUUUGCCUCAAACCGAGUCUUUGGCUCUUGUAAUUGAUAGAAUGUUGCCAUACUGGCAAGACUCCAUUGCCAAGGAGUUGUUGAGCGGUAAGACUGUUAUGGUGGCUGCUCACGGUAACUCCUUGAGAGCUUUGGUUAAGCACUUGGAAGGUAUUUCAGACAGCGACAUUGCUGGUUUGAACAUCCCAACUGGUAUUCCAUUGGUUUUUGAAUUGGACGAAAACUUGAAGCCAAUUAAGCCAUCUUACUACUUGGACCCUGAAGCUGCUGCUGCUGGUGCUGCAGCUGUUGCCAACCAAGGUAAAAAAUAA